GGAAAUGUCAAUAUUUAUUUUCGCGGUAAAAUUUAUUCGCGGUAAUUGGAUAUUUUUAAAGAGGUGUGUGUGGAAUGGCUGCGUGAGGAAUGAAAUGGAGGAGUAUGGUGUGAAAGUCUGUUUAACAGUGAUUUGGAUGUGUUGGGAGAAUUAAUGAGGAGAAAUUAUUAAAGAGAAUAUUUUGGAAGAAUAGAAGGGAAAGGAAGCAAUCAAGAAAAUCCUUGUUGGAGCAUGUGGAUGAACAUUUGGAAGAGCAAAAAAAAUUAUGAGCAUGAGAGGUGUGCGAAGAGAUGACAAGAGUGUCUGGAUGAAUCUAAUAAAUGGAUGAUUUUAGAUAUAGAAGUUGAAAUAAUGUUACAAGUAGAAAUUGUUAAAGAUGGAAAAUUACACAUUGGUGAAGAAAAUUGGAAGAGGAAAUUAUGGAGAAGUUUGGUUAAUAAUUAAUAAACGAAAUCAAAAACAGUAUGUCUUAAAGCAGAUUAACAUGAAAAAUGCUAGUGAACAAGAACAAAGAUCAGCUUACAUUGAAGUGAAAUUACUCUCUAGUUUAAAACAUCCUAAUAUUGUUUCCUAUUUUGAUUCUUUUCACAAUCCUAAUGGGACAUUAGAUAUUAUAAUGGGAUAUUGUGAGAAAGGUGAUUUGUACACUUACAUUAGAAGUCGUAAAGGAGUGUAUUUUCAAGAAAAGCAGAUUAUUGAAUGGUUUAUACAGAUCUGCAUGGCCUUACAGUAUUUACAUGAAAGAAAUAUUCUUCACCGAGAUUUGAAAACUAAAAAUAUUUUUUUGACCAAAAGUAAAAUAAUCAAAGUUGGUGACCUUGGUAUAGCACGUAUUUUGGAUGGCACUUGUGAUUUGGCAACAACUCUAAUUGGCACUCCUUAUUAUAUGAGUCCAGAAAUCUUUUCAAAUCAGCCAUAUAAUCAUAAGUCAGACAUUUGGGCUCUCGGUUGCUGUUUAUAUGAAAUGUCUACUCUUCGGCAUGCUUUCAAUGCUUGGGAUUUGACUUCUUUGAUGUACAAAAUAGUCCAAGGACAGUUUCCACCUAUGCCAAAACAUUACAGUACUGAACUAACUAAUUUAAUUUCUUCAAUGCUGAAUUACGAUCCUAAUACUCGUCCAUCUGUGAAAUCAAUAUUACAAAAUGAAUAUAUGCAUAAACAUAUUAAAAAUUUUCUUCAGGAGACAAGUAAUUGCAGCAAUCAAAUAAAAAUUACAAAACAGUCACUGCCAACACAGCAUAAAUGUAAAAUAGAUAAUAAUAUCAAGGAAGAAAGUAAUACUGUAGUAGAAGCUAUUGCAACAACAUCUGAAAUAAACGAAGCUAAAGCAUACACAAAAAAUAAGAUUUCAUAUCCAGCAGAUAGUAAGAAAAUUUUGUUUAACGAGGAAAAUUCUAAUAAUGAAGUUUUCAAAUUUUCAAAAAAUUUGGUUAAAAAUUUAGAAUUUGAGCCUAAUCAUAUAAAUGACAAAUCUAAUCAUGUAAAAAAUUUUAACAAGAAAGAUCGUAAAGAUUUGUUAGAAAUGAAUACAAGAGAAAAUAAUAAGGAUGAAGGGACUGAUAAAAGUAAUAAUUCAAAUGGCAAUAAUAAUAUUUUAAAUAAAUCUACAGAUUUUCAUUUUCCUGGAACCUCGUGUGAAGAUAUUAAUGAAGGAAAUCACAUUCGGUGCAAAAAUUUAAUUAGUAAAUUUCAAGAAAAAUCAAAUUCAAAUGAGUGCAGUACAGUACAAAAAUGUAGCAAUAAUAUAUUAUUUAAAAAAAAGAAAAACUUUGAGUUUGAUGAAUUAGAAUCUCCGAGGAGGAGGAGGAGAAGAAGAAAAUUAUUGAGAGAAACUGAAGAGAAGCACUGUGAAGUUUUAGAAGAACUUCGUCCCCUUCCAUUGCCACCUCGGAAACCCGUCAGUUUAUUAACUAAUCACGAUAUAACUGCAUCAUCAGAAACCAAACAAAAAUCAUUUGAUUGCUUUACCGACAGCAAUAAAAAAAUUGAUUCGUCAAGCACUUGCACAUCUAAAAAUUUAUAUUCUAUCUCAAAGCCAAAUUCGGAAGCAAGACGUAGGAGGAGGGAAAAACUUCAUUUGCCGAAAGAAAAACAGAAGUUUUUGUCAGAAUCAGAUAUUUCUUCUGCUAAUGAAGAACAUGACAUUUUGGGAGAAAAUGAAACUAAAGAAGAAAAAAAUGAUGUGGAAAUUCAGGAAUUUAUUGGAUUAUUAAAUAAUACUUUACAAUUAAGCAAUCAAAGAAAACAAAAUUCUUCUGAUUAUGCCAAAAACAUUUCAAUUGAUCCUUCCAAUGAAAAACAUUCAAUUGACAGAAGCACAUUAAUUAAAUCUCAUAUUAUUCAGAGAAUAGACUUGUUGAAAAGGGACUGCAUCAAAGCAUUGGGUGAAAAUCGUUUAGAUGAACUGAUAAAAACUAUAGAGCCUACUACAAAUUUUGAAAUUUUACAAGUAAGUUAAUUUCUGUUACAUAUAAUUGAAUAUUUGUGUAAAUUUUAUAGAAUAACUAAAUUAAAAUAGUAAAAAGUCAAACUUAUGUCUAUUGUAAAGACAAAAUAGAAUUCUGUAUAAAUUUUG